CUAUGAGCAACCUUAAGCCAUGCCCUAUACACACACAUGUAUAUAGUUUCCAGUCACGCACAUAUACAUGCAUCUAUACAACAUUAACAAUACAAGAAAAUUAAACUCAAGCUACUGAAAAAAUAUAACGUUGCGUAAAUUAUGGAGAAGACGUCGACGAUGCUACUUCUUUUCAACCUCUGCAUCGUUUUUGGAACUUUAGCACUAAGAAGAUGCAACGCAACGACAUACUUUGUGGGCGACACCUCCGGUUGGGACAUAAGCUCCGAUCUUGAUUCUUGGACUUUAGGCAAGCGAUUCUCUGUUGGUGAUGUUUUAAUGUUCCAAUACUCAUCGACGCAUAGUGUCUACGAAGUGGCGAAGGACAAGUUCCAAAACUGCAACACUACGGACCCGAUCCGUACGUUCACAAACGGGAACACGACCGUUGCUCUGUCCAAACCGGGAGAUCGGUUCUUUGUCUGCGGUAAUCGGCUCCAUUGCUUCGCUGGUAUGAAGCUACAAGUCAAUGUCGAAGGCAAUGGCCCAUCUUCGGCCCCUGUGGGAGCUCCACGAACCGCACCCGCAGGAAUUCUUCAGCCAUCUUCUAAGAAGAUUAAUCCUGCAACCGGGGUCGCUAGUUCAGCUCCUCACUUUGGCGACCACGAUUGGAGGGGAGUUACGAGAAUUUUUGUAUAUUUAAUUGUUAUUACUUUUUCCAUUGAUAUAUUUUCCGUAAUUUAAUUAAGUAUUCGGUGAUUUGGUUUGGUUUUAUGUACUUUGGUUCAUUUGGUUU